CUCUAAUCAGCCCUUUUGUUGGCAAUGAAUGCAACGGGCUCCUUACUCUCUUCCCAGAGUCUGCUGUCAAAAGGCACAGGGGAGGUCAAUACCUCCUUCCUCUUCAGCAACCAGAGCAGCCCUGGAUUCUGUGAGCAGGUCUUCAUCAAGUCCGAGGUCUUCCUGACUCUGGGAAUCAUCAGUCUCCUGGAAAACAUCCUUGUCAUCUUGGCUGUGUUGAAGAAUGGAAAUCUGCACUCCCCUAUGUACUUUUUCCUCUGCAGUCUGGCAGUGGCAGACAUGCUGGUGAGUGUGUCCAAUGCUCUGGAGACAGUCAUGAUUGUCCUCCUCACCAAUGACUACUUGACCUUUGAUGACCAGCUCAUUCAACAUAUGGACAAUGUCUUUGACUCUAUGAUCUGUAUUUCCCUGGUUGCCUCCAUCUGUAAUCUCUUGGUCAUUGCCAUUGAUAGAUACAUCACCAUUUUCUAUGCCCUGCGUUACCACAGCAUCAUGACAGUGAAAAAAGCCAUCACAUUGAUUGGGGCAAUCUGGAUCUGUUGUUUCAUCUGUGGCAUUAUGUUCAUCGUCUACUCUGAGAGCAAGACUGUCAUCGUGUGCCUUGUUACUAUGUUUUUCGCCAUGCUGCUCCUCAUGGCCACCCUCUACAUGCACAUGUUCCUAUUUGCCCGGCUACACGUCAAGCGUAUUGCAGCACUGCCAGCGGAUGGGGUGAUGCAGCAACAUACCUGCAUGAAAGGGGCUGUCACUAUCACUAUUCUGCUGGGGGUGUUCAUUUUUUGCUGGGCACCCUUCUUCCUCCAUCUCAUCCUCAUCAUCACAUGCCCCACUAACCCCCACUGCAUCUGUUAUACCUCCCACUUCAACACCUACCUGGUCCUGAUCAUGUGCAACUCAGUCAUUGACCCCCUCAUUUAUGCUUUCCGGAGCCUUGAAAUGCGAAAGACCUUUAAGGAAAUAGUCUGUUGUUGCAGUGGUAUAGGUUCAGGGUAG